GCAUCGCUCAGGCAUGUUCCGCUCAACGGUCCUCACGGCUUUGUCUGUCUCCGCAGCGGUGACCUUCGUCGCCGCCGUCUCUUCCCAGACGUACACCUGGAAGAAUGUCAAGAUCGGCGGCGGCGGUGGCUUCGUUCCUAACAUCGUCUUCAACCCGUCUCAGAAGGGCCUCGCCUUUGCUCGUACAGACAUUGGUGGAGCAUAUAAGCUGAACUCCGACGACUCUUGGACCCCUCUGCUGGACUUCGCCGACGAUGCUCGCUGGGAUUAUUGGGGUACCGAUGCGAUUGCAACGGAUCCGGUUGACCCCAACCGUCUGUAUCUGGCAACUGGCAUGUACACAAACUCGUGGGACCCCAGCAACGGGAACAUCUUGAUCUCCACUGACCAGGGGAAGACUUUCACUCCAUCGCCUCUACCGUUCAAGGUCGGAGGGAACAUGCCGGGCCGUGGUAUGGGCGAGCGCCUUGCUGUCGAUCCGAACAGCAACAAUAUCCUGUACUUCGGUGCUCGGAGCGGACACGGCUUGUGGAAGUCGACCAAUUUUGGCGCUACCUGGACUCAGGUCCAGAACUUCCCGAGUGUCGGUACUUAUGUCCCCGAUCCCACGGAUACGACUGGGUACAACAACGACAUCCAAGGACUGGCUUGGGUGACGUUCGAUUCUACUUCCGCUUCCGGCAAGAACGGCACCGCGACGCCCCGUAUAUUCGUAGGUGUUGCGAACAAGGGUACUGAUAACAUCUUCGUUUCCAACGAUGCUGGUUCGACUUGGGCCGCGGUUGCGGGGCAGAACAACACUUUCCUCCCCCACAAGGGAGUCCUUUCUGCCGCCGAGAACUCUCUUUACAUAUCGUACUCCGACGGUUCGGGCCCAUACGACGGUACCGCGGGGAGUGUCUGGAAGUACAACAUCACUGCUGGAACUUGGAAAGACGUCACUCCAGUGUCUGGAAGCGACCUCUACUUCGGUUUCGGCGGUGUUGCGGUUGAUGCCCAGCGCCCCGGCACCGUCAUGGUCGCCGCCCUCAACUCAUGGUGGCCUGAUGGGCAGAUCUUCCGUUCUGUCGACGGCGGUACUACUUGGACUGCUCUCUGGGCAUGGGGAAAUUAUCCCACGCUGUACAAGUACUACACGUACGACGAUACCCUUGCGCCUUGGAUAGGCCCCGACGAUACCAACACCGACGCUGGCACUCUCCAAAUUGGCUGGAUGAUGGAAGGCUUGUCGAUCGAUCCGUUUGACUCCAACCACUGGCUCUACGGCACUGGCGAGACUAUAUAUGGCGGCCACGACCUUCUCAAGUGGGACACCACUACGUCGCGUAACAUUACCCUCAAGUCUCUCGCUGAUGGUAUAGAGGAGACAUCAGUCCAAGGCCUGAUCUCUCCCCCAACCGGGCCUCCCCUCAUCUCAGCAAUCGGUGAUGUUGACGGCUUCGUCCAUAAUGACCUCGACACCCCUCCCGCUGUAUCGUUCUCGAACCCGUCGUACUCUAGCUCCUCGGACAUCGACUACGCUGGAAACAGUCCCACUACCAUUGUUCGCGUCGGGACCUCUACGGAUGGCUCUCAAGGAAAGCAGGUUGCUAUCUCAAACGAUUCUGGUGCUACCUGGUCCCAGGACUACGGUGCAGCUGAUGACGUCGCAGGCGGCAAGAUCGCCGUCUCCGCAAACGGCGACACCAUCCUUUGGAAGACGAGCGGAAGCGGGACUCUCGUUUCACAAUACACCAACGCCUUCACCGCUGUCGCCUCGCUUCCCACCACUGCGGUCAUUGCUUCUGACAAGAAGAACAACUCGAUCUUCUAUGGUGCCGAUGGCUCUACGUUCUACGUAUCCACCGACGGCGCGAAGACUUUCUCUAAGGCCGGGACUCUUGGCUCGUCGACCUCUCCCUUCCGCGUCAUCGUUCACCCGAAUGUCACCGGUGAUAUUUGGGUCUCCACAGACAAGGGUCUCUUCCACUCGACGGACACUGGUGCAACCUUCGCCGCCAUCUCUGGCGUCUCGCAGGCAUGGUCCAUCGCUCUCGGUGCCCCCAAGACGGUCGGUGGGUAUCCUGCCAUCUUCGCGGCGGCGAACAUCGGUGGCGUCGGAUACUUCCGCUCCGACGACGCUGGCGUGAACUGGGUGCAGAUAAACGACGCUGCUCACGGUUUCGGCUCUGCAAGUGCGAACGUCCUUGCUGCCGACCUUAGGACUUAUGGACGUGUCUACAUCGGAACGAAUGGACGCGGUAUCUUCUACGGCGAUGCCUCUGGAGCGGACCCGGCCCCAACGGCCACAGCGUCCUCGACCACGGUUGCACCAACCACGACCUCUACUGUCAAAAGCACCGCCACGCCCUCCACGACGUCCGUUGUGUCUACCACAAUUUCCGCAACGUCCUCCGCGCCGUCGUCCACGGCAACUGGAACAGCUCAGCUCUACGGACAAUGUGGCGGUAUCGGCUGGACGGGCCCGACGGUCUGCGCAACGGGAACCUGCGAGAAGCUGAACGAUUACUAUUCUCAAUGCCUGUCGUCCUAGAAGGAGAAAAUGCCAAGUUGAGCGAGUAGGAGAAUGUUCGAGUCUUGUAACAAGAUAUGAUGCAAGUCAUAUAGGGUUCAAUGCAGUCGCCUUUCUUCGUUCUUCCACUCUUCCCAGACCUCGAAGAAACGGCGCCUCUCGCCAAUCCUCACACCCCUGCAACUAGUAAGAUCCAGCUUCUCCAAGUCCUUGCAUGCAUCAAGAAGGUGGAGCAAUCCGACCUUGGUGACCCUUGUUCCUGCGAGCUCGAGGGUCUUUAAGUUGGUACAAGCCGAUAAAUAUGGUAUCGCAUUGUCAUCCACUGGAGUAUUGUUCAAGUUCAGAUAUUCUAGCCGAGGCGGUCCUUCCUCGGGUCCGUCAGGGGCUAACCCCUCCAAGUGGGACGGGCGAAGGUGAAGAAUGCCGGACAGAUUGAGAUGCGUGCACCUCCGACCCACUCUCCGGAUGAAUUGAGCAAGCGCCGCCCGGGGUCCCGGUCCAGCAUUGAAGCCAAUCCUUGUGUUCCAGACGAGACUAACACGUUCGAGUGCAUGGCAAUCUUCCAACGCAUCGGUAAUGGCGCGCAAAAUGUCGUCUGUAAUCGUUGUCCCUGACUCCUGAGAUAUCGUAGCCGUCGUAAAUUCGUUGCCUCCCAUGGCACCCAGCGAUAGGACCUUUAACCCGGGAAGACCGGUCACGAGAGAAACGAGCUCGUUGCCAGAAACGUUCGUCGAGGUGAGCACUAGCUUUUCGAGCAACUUCCCGGACGGCAGCACGGGAUGUUUGAUUGGCGUGAAGGAGAGGUCUAGACGUCGGAGAUUCGGACAAACUGCGAGUAUGGGGUUGACACUCGCAUCACCCACAGACGCCUGGCGUAGCUUGAACGAGCGUAAGUUAGGAAGCUGGAAGUCCCCGCUUGCUCUCAAGAUACUCCACAGCUUUGCGCAAGCGUGAUCCGUCCAGCUCACUAUUCCCGCAACCUUCAGUACUUCCAGAUGACUGCAGUUCUGGAGUAGAGGUGCCAAAGCCAUGGCUGGGACCGCGGUAUAAUUGACAUUCACAACCUCGAGCUGAGGACAAUGAUUUGCUGCAGAAUGCGCCGUAUCUGAUCCGACCUUCGUACACCCUCUGAGGUUCAACUUCCGCAGAGACGGGAGCUUAGCCACCACUGAUGCAAAGACGGAGUCUGCGAUUUUCGAGAACCCUGUGAGCUCAAGCUCACGGAGCCUGUCCCUAGAGGGCAUGUCCCCGAUCGCAAACAAAGUAGAACGAUUGACACCGGGAAGAUCGCCACUUAGUACGACAGAAGAUCCACGUAAGAAGUACGGAGCAAUGAGAGCAUGGGUGAGCAAUGUCGGGCAAAUCUGCCUACAUGCUGCAAACACCUUCUGUACAAGAACGUCCGGGAGUUCUCUGAGAGAGUACUUUACGUCUUCCCAUGUUUCCGGGUCACUAGACAGCUUCUGCAUGUUUCCCGCAAAGGCACGGAGGCAUAUCGUCGCUAGAGAAGGUAAAUGAUCCGCAGCGUGCGGGUUGCGAAUGGAGAAAGUAGACGUCGACGGGGCAGUAGAUUGGGAUUGGAAUGUUGGAAUGUCGUCAUCGGCUUGUGAUGCAUUCGCCUUGCUCCGUUUGGCGGGCGGUCCGCCGAUCUUUCGCGAGGAUCUUUUGCGGCCCCCCAUGCUGUUAGGAUAGAGGGAUUGUUGUGGAGGGC